GUUGUGGUCGUCUGCUGACAAGAAACUGAAAAGAAAAAACCGAUUUACAGAUUUAAAGAAGUAGUACAUACGAAGGUGCAAGUGUUUAUAAGACACUCGGAGAAAUGGCAACUACACAGUGCCAAAGAGAAAAAACUAAAGAUUUGACAGGGAUUUUUCCAAAUGAAACUGUGACAGAACAGAAGUCUAUACUGUUUGUGAAGAAACUUUUGGCUGUGGCAGUUUCAAACAUUGCUUACCUAAGAGCCUUGUUUCCAGAGCAUGCAUUUGGAGAUCGUUCAAUUGAAGACCUACAUUUGAAAACUUUGAGAGAUGACAGUGCUUGUCCAGGAGUGUGUAAAUUCAUACAGUAUAUGAAAGGAUGCUUUGAUGCCUUGGACAAGAAAUAUCUCAGAAUACUUAUCCUAGGGCUCUACCGUGAUCCAGAAAACCCUGAGACCUUGAUUGAAUCGUAUACAUUCAAGUUCAGCUAUGCAGACGAGACAGGAGUAGAUAUCUACAGAAAUAACCAAAAGAUAUCAAGUGCCAACACUGCGAGUGAAAUCAAGAAAGCCACAAUUCGCCUCCUUCGCACAAUUGUUGUUUUAACACAGACAAUGAAUGCCAUUCCAGAGGACACUAUGCUGACCAUGAAGUUGCUUUAUUAUGAUGAUGUUACCCCUCCAGAAUAUGAACCCCCUGGAUUUAAGCCAUCCACCUGCACAGAUUUCAAAUAUGAAGAGGAACCAGUGACCAUCAAUGUUGGAGAUGUUGCAACUCCUUACCACAGAAUUAAGAUGAGGGUGAAGACAAAUGAAGCAAUGUUUGACGUCAAGGAGGAGGAGACAGCUGAGAUGAAGACAGAGGCUGAAGUUCACACUGUAUAUGAGAAGAUAAAGAAAGAUGAAUCACAACCAACUCCAGUGGUCCCAACAGAGAGUCCUGAAAUUCCAGGUUCUGAUGGUAAAGCAGUUGAAAUGCUUGGCUCUGAAAUGAGUCAGAUGACAGAAACAGAGGAGGAAUUUGGGGUCCGAUGUCCAUGUGGUUGUAAUGAGGAUGAUGGUCUGAUGGUGUUGUGUGCAAUCUGUAAGUACUGGCAACAUGGGUUGUGCUUCUGUAUCAAGGAGGAAUAUGAGGCCCCAGAGCACCAUGUGUGUGAUGUCUGUGCUGAUAAAGAUGAUCCUAUAAAGCAGCCAACAGAUCCCUAUCUGUACAAGCUGAGCCCUAUAGCUAUUCAGACAACAUGUCUGUACAGAAGAGCUCUGAUGGCAGCUACUGAGUCCAGCAGAGUUGUGGCACCGAGUCUGGCCAAGAGGCUGGGAGUAGAAGUGAAUAUUGCUCAUGGACUCAUUGACAGAAUGGAAAAAGAAGGAUAUGUGAAAAAUUCUGGGAAGGGCAAAAAGCUGGGAAAAAUGGUAGACAAUGAGAAAAUAAUGAAUGAGGGAGUUGAAAAGUACCUUAUUAAUAAGACUGUCAUCAGCAAUGAAGGAAAUAAGAUGGAAGAGACACAAGAUGUUGAGUCAACUGAAAAGGUUAGACAAAGUCCUCGUCUACUGCAAAAGAAACCUGAUGACGACAAAGAUUCUCAGCAGAUUCAGAGAAAAGGCAAGAAAAGAGCAUGCUCAAAGAUAUAUGAGAAUUCUGAGUUUGAGAUUGCUGACAGUCAGGAUGUGACAGUUGAUGAAGACUAUCCUAGAAGUAAGAAGAAAGCAAGUGAUGUUUCGAAGGCCAUCAUGGUUUGAUGAGAGACUGUACCAGCAUUAAAACAUGUCAACAGAGAUAAGUCCUGAAAAUUGAAUGUAUAUAUUUUAGAAUUUAUGAAACUUGAAUCAUUUCUUAAAUUUUUGACUUACUUGUCAGAUUAUAGUGCAAAGUCUAGUAGGUUUUCAGUCUAUGAAUUUUAUGUGAAUUCAGUUCAUCAACCUCCCUCAGCAAAUAAAUCCCCAUUUUUGUCAUUUAGGUAAUAACUUUACUUAACCUUAAGUAAAUUGAGAGAAUGUUUUCAAUAUCUCUGGGCAAAAGAGGACACAAACUAUGAAUUUUAGGCCAUUGUACAUGGAAAUAAA